UUUUUUUUUUUGAUAAUAACACAUUCCCAAAUCUUUUGAACAUACAUUUGAAUUUAAUCGUAUGCUUGAAAAUUGAUGCCUAACAAAAUUGAGAGUGGAGGCCCCAUCAUCUUUUGGCGCCAAUUCACACACUCACGAAACUUGCGUGACCCUCUCACAUGAGAUUCAGCCUAUAAAUAUCGCACUCCUUCGCUUCCUCCUUCAUUUCCCACCAUUUUCAUCUGAUUCACAAUUUCAAAUCCAAUCAGCGUUCUCUGCACGCUUUGAGACUGUGACUCUCGAAUUCAGCAACCAUGGUCGUUGCACAGAAACUCAAGGAAGCUGAAAUCACUGAGCAGCAUUCACUUCUUCUGACGAGGAACCUGCUCCGAAUUGCCAUAUUCAAUAUCAGUUAUAUUAGAGGACUAUUUCCUGAGAAGUACUUCAAUGAUAAGUCUGUUCCUGCGUUGGAGAUGAAGAUAAAAAAGCUUAUGCCAGUGGAUGCCGAGUCUCGCAGACUAAUUGACUGGAUGGAGAAGGGUGUAUAUGAUGCCUUACAGAAGAAAUAUCUGAAGACGCUUCUAUUUUGCGUGUGUGAAGCAGUGGAUGGACCCAUGAUUGAGGAAUAUGCAUUUUCCUUUAGCUAUUCAGCUUCUGAGAAAGAAGAGGUUUCCAUGAAUAUCAACCGCAUUGGAAACAAAAAGCAAGGGGGGACCUUCAAGCAUAACUCGACCUCAGAUAUUACUCCCCAGCAGAUGAGGAGUUCUGCUUGUAAAAUGAUCCGAACUCUAGUUCAGUUGAUGAGAACUCUGGAGAAAAUGCCAGAAGAGCGUACAAUUCUGAUGAAGCUCCUGUACUAUGACGAUGUGACGCCACCCGAUUAUGAGCCUCCUUUCUUCAGGGGCUGCACAGAAGAAGAAGGUUAUCAUGAGUGGGCAAAAAAUCCACUGAAAAUGGAAGUUGGAGAUGUAAACAGCAAGCAUUUUGUAUUAGCUCUGAAGGUGAAGAGUGUGCUUGACCCUUGUGAGGAUGAUAAUGAGGGAAUCCAAGAUGAUAUGAGCAGUGAUGACUCCAUGCAAAAGGAUGAAUAUUAUGAGACUGACAGUGAGUUUCAGGUUAAUCAUUCUCAAGGGGAUCACUAUAUAGUUGCUCCAAUAGAGAAACAGCAAGCACAGGAAGAUAAUGGCGUGACUGAUGAAGAUACCCAGGACCCUGUGGAAGAUGAGCAGCAAUUGCUCCGGGUCAGGGAGUGGAUCAACUGUUGUCACCUUGAUACUAUUGAGCUUACUGACGUUCUCUCAAAUUUUCCAGACAUCUCAGUGGUUCUAAUUGAAGAGAUCAUGGACAAGCUUGUCAUGGAAGGUGUGUUAUCAAAAUCAGGGAACGACACCUAUGCCAUUACCAAAGACAAGAUAUCUGAAUACGAGUUCACAGUAGUGAAGGAAGAAGUUGUUGGUCAAAUUCCUCAAGUAUUUGACAGAGCUUUGCAGGGUGAAGAUCUCUUAUACAUGAAAGCUCUCUAUCAUACUCUCCCGAUGACAUAUGUGUCAGUCACAAAGCUCCAAGGCUUGCUUGAGGGAGAAGUAAACCAGACAGCAGCACGAAAGAUGAUUGAUAAAAUGAUUCGGGAUGGGUUUGUGGAACCUAAAGGCAACAAAAGAUUAGGGAAACGUGUGAUCCAUUCAGAAUUGACUGAGAGAAAAUUCAUUGAGGUCCAAAAAGCUAUAACUGCUGUUGAAGCUAUGGAUGUUGAUAAUUGCGAACCAAACAAGUCCACAUGUGGUGUUCUCCACUCUAUUGGAUCAGAUUUAACUCGAAUGAAAGUGACAUCUGAUACAAAUUAUAGUGACUUCAGGAGUGGACACAAAACUCCAAAGGCAAAAGAGCUAGGGAACACCCCCACAAGCAGGACUGAGGCUAUUACUUCAAGAGAGAGCUUUGCGCAGGGUAAAGAGAACAGCACAGCAAAUGGAAACAGAAUUGCAAAUCAAGGUGAUGAUGAAGCAGCUGAAACAAUAAUCUGCAGUAGGUCCUCCCAAGACAAGCGACCCAGGAAAACAAGCGCGGUCAAGGAGCCCAUCCAUCAAAAUGUGAAGCGUCAGAGAACCUGAAAUUUGGAGCCUUAGUAUGUGACUGUGGAUAAUGAUAACAAUUUGAUCUUUACCCUUAAAACACUUACUUGACAAAGUAACAUUUGUUUGUGUCUACUUUGGUAGAAAGUUCUGUUGUCUGCUUUCCUGACUGACUUUUUUAUAAUUGGUUCAGCAUAGUAUUGCAGAUAACACUAGUUAUCUUCCACUUCUUUAUGCGAACCCAUUGCUGAUGACAAUAUAAUUCACUACCGAGUUUUGUUAUUUCUAAAUUUUAGUUGCUUUAAAAUUUGAAACUAUUUAUCUUGGGAGUAGUGAGAUUACACUUCUCGAUUG